AUGGAGAAGAAAACAAUUCUAGAAGAACUUCUUUUAAAGAAGUCACAACAGAAGAAAAAAAUAUCACCAAUUAAUUACAAGAAAAGGUGGUUUGUUCUGACAAAUGCACACCUUUCUUAUUAUGAAUAUGACAAAGGGAAAAAAGGAAGCAAAAGGGGAUCAAUUGAGAUUGAGAAAAUCCGAUGUGUUGAGACAGUGAAUCCUGAGGAAUCAACACCUCCUGCGAGACAAUAUCCUUUUCAGAUUGUGUACAAGGAUGGCCUGCUCUACGUCUAUGCCGCCAGUGAAGAGAGCCGGGAGCGGUGGCUUGCAGCUUUGCAUAAGGAAAUUAAAGACAAUUCUGCUUUACUAAACAAGUACCAUAAAGGAUUCUUCAUCAAUGGGAAGUUUCUCUGUUGCAACCAGACCUGUAAAGCAGCCCCUGGAUGUACUAUUUGGGAGAAAUGUAAUGUAUGUGACCCUGUGUUGCACAACUGUGUCUGUGAAACCAUUGCCACCAAUCCCUCAAAUGCUGAGAAACCCAAAAGUAUGAUGUCCCAUCAGCACCCACUGGGCCUUACUAUCCAUAUGAGAAACACAGCCUUUCACAGACCAAUGAGACAAACAGGACAUCAGGAUGCCAAAAAACACUACUCAUGCUUAAUUCAGCCUGAGUCCUCUAGCACAUCAUGGAAACGUAGAAGCCUGCAUCAGAUGCUACCCUCAGACAAGUCAGUCCUGAAAAUGGCUGUGGCCCAAUGCAAUUAUGAACCCAAAGAAAAUUCAGCUGUCCAGCUUGUCAGAAGCAAUAAAUACUAUAUAUUGCAAGAGGAAGAUUCUGAUUUGUGGCAAGUAAGGGAUUUGGAAGGGAAUGAAGGUUUUGUACCAAGCACUUGCUUGAGAAAGUUAUCUCUGAAUGAUGAUGAGCCAAGGGAAAACUCCAGUGUCAGUGAACAGACAUUGGCAGAAGAGCAGGAUAUUGCUAAGCAUGAUUGGUAUACUGGUAAUAUUUCCCGUGCCCAGUGUGAGCAGCUGCUCCAUCAGAAGGGAAAAGAAGGUGCUUUUAUGGUUCGGAAAUCUAGCCAAGCAGGACUGUACCUUGUGGUGUUUUUCAGAAGUAAAAAAGGAACGGUCAAACAUUAUCAUGUGCACAAAACCCCUGAGAACAAGUACUACCUCGCUGAAUGCUACUGUUUUGAAUCAAUCCCCAUGCUUGUAUACUACCAUCAGCACAACUCAGCUGGUAUGGUGACAAGACUCCGGCAUGCAGUGUCUACGCAAGUAAAUAAAGUCCCAGCCACAGCUUCAUUAGGAAGUGGAAUCUGGGAGCUGAAACGAGAAGAAAUCGUCCUGUUGAGAGAGCUAGGGAGUGGUCAGUUUGGAGUGGUGCAUCUGGGAAAAUGGAAGGGAAAAUAUGAUGUGGCCAUAAAGAUGAUUAAAGAAGGAGCAAUGUCAGAAGAUGAAUUCAUAGAAGAAGCUCAGACCAUGAUGAAACUUAAUCAUCCCAAACUUGUUAGACUGUACGGUGUAUGCUCAAAAUCAUAUCCCAUCUAUCUAGUGACGGAGUACAUGCCUAAUGGCUGUUUGCUUAGCUACCUAAGGAGUCAUGGGAAGGAACUACAACCCCUUCAGCUUCUGGAGAUAUGUUAUGAUGUUUGUGAUGCUAUGGCAUUUCUGGAGAGCUGUCAGUUCAUACACAGAGAUUUGGCUGCUAGGAACUGUUUGGUUGACAGCAAUCUUACUGUGAAAGUAUCUGACUUUGGGAUGACCAGGUAUGUCCUGGAUGACUUAUAUAUAAGUUCACUAGGAACCAAGUUUCCAGUGAAAUGGUCAGCACCAGAAGUAUUUCAUUACACCAAAUUUAGCAGCAAGUCAGAUGUAUGGGCCUUUGGUAUCUUAAUGUGGGAAGUGUUCACUUUGGGAAAGCAGCCCUAUGAGCUUUAUGAUAACAUGCAAGUGAUCGAGAAAGUUUCUCAGGGAUACAGGCUUUAUCGACCGCAACUCGUUUCAGACAUCAUCUACCAGAUAAUGUACAACUGCUGGCAUGAGCUACCAGAAAAGCGCCCUGCCUUUUAUCAGCUCUUAUCAUUUUUUGAGGCACUGAGAGAAGACGACAACAGAGCUUGA